AUCCGGUGGCAUGUGUGCGUUAAUGGUUGCAGUGUGCAGAACACUUUGCAGAUCCUCUAAACAUCACCUGAGAAUGAAGAUUCCACAGGGGUCGGUGAUAUCCGCCAGAGACUGCUCUCAGGAAAACAGCAGGAACCCUCUGAGAUGGGAUCUUUCCCCGGACGAGAUCAGGAUCGUCACAGACACGUUGAUAGCCAGAGUGAAGAAGGUCUACGACGAUGUCGGAUCUCUGCACGUAGAAAGUGUCUCUGCUGAAAACACACUGGAAGCCCUGGCUAACGCUAAGCUGGACUACGCAUCAUCCCGUCACGUUCUUGACUUCCCUCAGUACGUCUGUCCCAACAAGGACGUUCGAUCAGCGAGCACAGAGGCAGACAAGAAACUAUCUGAAUUUGACGUGGAGAUUAGCAUGAGGGAAGACGUGUUCAAGCGUAUGACGGCCUUGCAGAAAAAGUUUCAAGACAAUCCUUCAACUGAAGAAAAGAGAUUCUUAGACAGACUGGUUACGCUGGGUCAGAGGAAAGGACUGCAUCUGUCUAAAGAGAUACAGCAGGAAGUAAAAAAAACCUCCAAGCUUAUCAGUGACCUCUCCAUAGAAUUCAACAGAAAUCUGAAUGAGGACAAUACAUUUCUUGUCUUUUCCGAGCAUGAACUGGGAGGCCUCGCUGAGAGCUAUCUCAAUGGUCUGGAGAGGACAGCAGAGGGGAAGUAUAAGGUGACCCUGGAAUAUCCCCACUACCACCCUCUGAUGAAGAGGUGCCACAAUCCUGAGACCCGGAGGAAGAUGGAAACGGCUUUCCACAGCAGGUGUAAACAGGUGAACACGGGAAUUCUUGAACAGCUAAUCCAACUAAGGGCAAAGGUGGCAGACUUACUCGGUUACAGCAGCCAUGCAAACUAUGUGCUGGAGAUUAACAUGGCUAAACACACAGGCAAUGUGUCCGGCUUUAUAGGACACACUACAAGAGAUGAGAGAGAUCCCACGCUACAUAUCUGGGGAAGAUCCAUCAACUGUCAUCAGGAUGUGUGA